AUGUGCCACAGCCAAUCUUUAGCACUGCUUCUCUCCAUGCCUCCCACUCUGGCUGACCUGGUGGGCUGGUCAGGGCCGGGGAUAAUCCCUGUUCAUCCACCCAUAGCACUGCUUCUCUCCAUGCCUCCCACUCUGGCUGACCUGGUGGGCUGGUCAGGGCCGGGGAUAAUCCCUGUUCAUCCACCCAUAGCACUGCUUCUCUCCAUGCCUCCCACUCUGGCUGACCUGGUGGGCUGGUCAGGGCCGGGGAUAAUCCCUGUUCAUCCACCCAUAGCACUGCUUCUCUCCAUGCCUCCCACUCUGGCUGACCUGGUGGGCUGGUCACGGCCGGGGAUAAUCCCUGUUCAUCCACCCAUAGCACUGCUUCUCUCCAUGCCUCCCACUCUGGCUGACCUGGUGGGCUGGUCAGGGCCGGGGAUAAUCCCUGUUCAUCCACCCAUAGCACUGCUUCUCUCCAUGCCUCCCACUCUGGCUGACCUGGUGGGCUGGUCAGGGCCGGGGAUAAUCCCUGUUCAUCAACCCAUAGUACUGCUUCUCUCCAUGCCUCCCACUCUGGCUGACCUGGUGGGCUGGUCAGGGCCGGGGAUAAUCCCUGUUCAUCCACCCAUAGCACCGCUUCUCUCCAUGCCUCCCACUCUGGCUGACCUGGUGGGCUGGUCAGGGCCGGGGAUAAUCCCUGUUCAUCCACCCAUAGCACCGCUUCUCUCCAUGCCUCCCACUCUGGCUGACCUGGUGGGCUGGUCAGGGCCGGGGAUAAUCCCUGUUCAUCCACCCAUAGCACCGCUUCUCUCCAUGCCUCCCACUCUGGCUGACCUGGUGGGCUGGUCAGGGCCGGGGAUAAUCCCUGUUCAUCCACCCAUAGCACCGCUUCUCUCCAUGCCUCCCACUCUGGCUGACCUGGUGGGCUGGUCAGGGCCGGGGAUAAUCCCUGUUCAUCCACCCAUAGCACUGCUUCUCUCCAUGCCUCCCACUCUGGCUGACCUGAUCACUGAAGAAUGA